GCGUGAUGUGGUGACAGAACUUGUUUCUUCCUUAUCCACUUCGAACGAAACACGUUUGUGAACAGCCGGUUUCAGUCCGAUGCAAACCGCAUCGCUCUAGUGAUGGACGUACACUGCAUCCAUGGUGAAGAACAACAUUCUGUCUGAUGUUGCUGUGGAGCGUGUGAGCGCCGUGCACCACGAGGAGAACCAUCUCGGCCGAGCUAUGACAGUGCGACUUCGAGAAGAGCUGCGAGAGACGGAACGAUCUCAUCACAUGUGACCAAGCACAACAGGCCUGUCCGAGUCUACACUGUCCUUUUUGAAACUAUCCGGCAUUCCCAUUCGCUCAUGCUUGACGCCAUCCGUCCAUCUCCGAUGUAGAAGCGCCAAUGGACUGCCAUGCCCCUGGAAUACGCCGCCGAUCAAUCUACGUGUUGUCCAAGCUUGUUUUAGCUUCUUUGAGCACCUGUGUCCUAAUCCGCCACUCAGACGUUGGGCGCUUGGUGGCUGUGAACCGUGGCAUUUUCCUGGUGAGGCGGUGUGCACGGAGAAACACUAUUUGAACCCAGGGCACAGCAGUUUCCCGUCUGCCUAAGCCUUUGACCAUGCCAAAAGCUGAAAAACGACAGACCAAGAAAAGAGAGACCGAUGAAGCACAUCUCGAGCGCCAGAGGGCCGGUGGGAACAAGCUCUGGGGUGUCUACAUCUCCGAGGCGGAGAAGUACAAUCAGGGUCUGAUUGAUGGCUGGCGCAGCGACAUGGAUGGACUGCUGCUCUUCGCUGGUCUCUUUUCUGGUGUUGUCACGACAUUCAUCAUCGAUGGUUACAAGACGCUGAACCCCGAUUCGGGGAGCCAGACCGUCGCACUGCUCAGCCAGAUCUCGCAGCAGCUCGCGAACCUGAACAACGGCACAGCUGUGACAGACGUACUCCUACCUACCGCUCCUUUCUCGCCGCCGAUCUCAGCUCUCGUCUGCAACGCACUCUGGUUCACCAGCCUCGCACUCAGUCUGUCCAGCGCACUUGUCGCGACUCUGGUCGAGCAGUGGGCACGGGAGUACCAGCACCGGACUACCAUGUUCUCGUCCCCCUCCAUCCGAUCCCGUGUAUACAUGUAUCUGUAUCAUGGUUUGCAACGUUUCAAUAUGCAUGCUAUCGUCGGUGUCCCGCUGCUUCUCCUGCAUGCAUCGCUGGUCCUGUUCUUUGCGGGUCUGGUCGCAUUUCUGGUGCCCGUCAACGUCAUCAUCAUGGGCAUAACAUCGGUUCUGCUGCUCCUCUUCGUUACGGUCUACGGAGCGUUCACGCUGCUCCCGCUUUUCUGCUUUGACAGUCCAUUCCAGACGCCACUCACGCAAUUCCUCUGGUCACUGAACCAGAGCUUGGGAAGCAUGCUGAAAACUUAUAUUCGCAAGGCUCGUGUUCGAAACAGAGUCUCUCUGACCGACAAAGAGGCCCUCGCUGAUUCAUCUGACCCUGGAGACACUCGUCCUCGGAACCAGAGCAUGGCGGAUGCCCUGAAAUGGACAGCAUUGCAUCGUCCUGUGGAGACUGCUGUCAAGACAGAGACGCGAGCUGUUGCUUGGACCAUGCGCUCUCUCUCUGACGAUCUUGAGUUCGGUCCGUUUGUGGAGGGGCUCGCCGAAGCGCUGUGGGAUUUUGACAGACGGGAGCCCUGCGGCGCGUAUCAGGCACAUUUCAAGAUCCUGUUGCAGGAUUCAGAAGUCCGUCUCUGCCAGCGUCUUGUCGAUUUCAUGGCUGGGUCCAACAGCUAUGUGCUCGAGCGCAAGGACCGCCUCCGCCGCCAGCUGUCUGUGCUCCGGGCCAUCUGGGCCAUUUGCGCGUUCUCUCUGCACACCUGGUCGCCUCUACAAAGUCCGAUCGGAGAAGCCGACGUGGACAACGCGCUGCUUGGCUCGAAAUUUCUCGAUUCUCCCGACGUGCAGAGCUUGGUCCUUGACGUGUCCGCUCUGAUCCGUCUAAACAUGAUCGAGUCUCGGAGCCGGGAUCGGGCCUCCACACAGCCGAGAAACUCUGACGUUAGAGCGGAGGAGCGACAGCAAGCGGACAUGCAACGGAUGUAUCUGGAAUAUCUGAAGGCACUUUCCCAAUGCGCUGCCAGCUUCCAACGGGAUGUGACCAACGCACUCUUUUAUCGAUCACAAAUGCGGUUCACGGAAGAGGACAACUAUGAAACUCUGCAUGACGCUCUCAAACAGCUGAUCGAAUCAGCGUUGAACAAGACAGCAGACGAGACAACAGCAGACAACGUUGUUUUUGCUACUCGUCUGAUGAUCAGCCAGUUUGCCCAGAUAUCGGACUAUCCAUCGUGGUCGCUGGAGGGUCUUGGGCCAUUCCUUGUCCGACAUCCGUCCCUCGCCGUCUCCGACCCGGAAUUUGACUCGGAGCAUCAUUACACCCGGUUCCUGUGCGACAUGCUAUGCGACAACUUGGAGUUCCGAUUCGAUCCCCAGGAAUCUGUUGACGCCCUCCAGCUGAUUUAUCGGAAUUUGCUCGAGUCCCAUGAGCCACCAAGAGAUUUGGAUACCCACCUUCGGGUCCUGCACACUCUGCGGACAAAAGCAGCCGACAUCCACACGCACCGUUUGUCUGCCAUCUUCCAGUGCGUCGUGCUCAAAAGUUGCAAGGACUAUGUGUCAGAAUCCAGGGAUCUGUCGGAAUGGGAGCGAUUGCCAAGUAUCUUCGAUGAUGAGGGCUGGUUCCGUGCCGUGCUCGGCCUUGACAAGAAUGAGCAGGCAGAGCGGGCAUCGGCACAGCAAAUUUACGACUGUGCACGUGUAGGUCUUUGGACCACUUUGUUCGAGCAGUGUGCUGCCCGGAGUCCGGAUCAAACUGAACGGGACCUAGACUUUGAGACUCUCAAAUUAAUACGCCACGCAGACAACUACCAAUUGUCACGAGAGUUAUACGCGCUCACCUGCAUUUUUUCUGUGAUCCCAACAGAACUGCAACGUCGAUUCGCCGACGCCGCCGCCGGAUUCAUCCGCAAAUAUCCGAGGGACUGUCUUGCGGAUGAGAAUGUGCUCGACUCGGUGCUUGCCUUGGCCGUUGCUGAGUACGGCGGGUGGAUCACCGAUGAGGAUGCAUUGCGCGUCCUGGAAACGGCUGUGUCGGAGGUGCAGACGGACGAUCAGCAGGAAUCACACCGGGACAAUGCUCAACGCAUCCGCGAACUGAUGCCUUUUCCCGAGAACAUCUUUGCUGCCUUUUUCUCGCUCGUGAGUGACGGGGAGUGA